AGCCGGCCAGGAGGAAGCCGUGUGGUGGAGGAGACCGGGCGAAGCGGCGUCCUGGCCGAGCAUCUUCUGUCAGCGGCGGGGAAAGCGCUUGGGCAUCAUGUCGUCCUGCGCGGAAGAGACUGUCGAGGGGAGCGAGGAGCUCUCCAGCAGCAUGAACUUGAUGGACUUCUCAGACGAGAUCCUCUUGCACAUCCUGAGGUACAUCCCAGUCUCUGAUCUCGUCCUGAGCAUCAGGAGAGCGUGCAGGAAACUUGCCGCUCUGAGUUUCGACAAAAGCCUCACCCACGUUGUGAACUUGCACAAGGACUAUAAGGUGGACAGUGACAAGGUGAAGCAGCUCAUGAGGGAAAUUGGGAAAGAGAUUCAUGAGCUGAACAUGGCCGGCUGCUACUGGUUGCCCAGCUCCACUGGCGACCAGGUGAUCCACUGCAAGAACCUGGUGCGGCUGAACCUGUCCGGCUGCCGCCUGACCUCCCUCCGCCUCUCCAAGAUGCUGUCCGCCCUGCAGCACCUCCACUCGCUGACCAUCGACGUCAGCCCGGGCUUCGACGCCUCCCACCUGAGCAGCGAGUGCAAAGCCACGCUGAGCCGCGUGCUAGAGCUGAAGCAGACCCUCUACACGCCCUCCUAUGGGGUCGUUCCGUGCUGCACCAGCCUGGAGAAGCUCCUCCUCUACUUCGAGAUCCUUGACCGGUCUCGCUUCAUCCUCUCCGGCCAGCUGAUGGUGGGCGAGAGCAAUGUGCCGCACUACCAGAACCUCCGCGUCUUCUAUGCCCGGCUCGCUCCUGGGUUGGUCAACCAGGAGGUGGUGCGGCUCUACCUGGCGGUGCUGAGCGAUCGGACACCGGAGAAGCUCCACGCCUUCCUCAUCUCCGCCCCCGGAGGCUUUGCCGAAAGCUGCACCGUCAAGAACCUUUUGGACUCCAUGGCCCGGAACGUGACCCUGGACGCCCUGCAGCUCCCCCGGUCUUGGAUGAACGGCUCCAGCCUCCUACAGCACUUGAAGUUCAGCAACCCCUUCUACUUCAGCUUCAGCCGCUGCAGCCUAUCCGGCGGCCAGCUCGUCCAGAGGGUCCUCAACGGCGGCAAGGACCUCCGCAGCUUGGUGGGCCUGAACCUCAGCGGCUGCGUCCACUGCCUGUCUCCCGGCUCCCUGCUGCGGAAGGCCGAGGACGACAUCGACAGCGGCAUCGUGGAGACCCUCGUCACCUGCUGCUGCAGCCUGCGGCACUUGAACCUCUCUGCCGCGCACCACCACAGCACCGACGGCCUGGGCAAACAUCUGUGCCAACUCCUUGCACGCCUGAAGUGCCUCCUGUCUCUGGCCCUGCCCGUCUGCUCUGUCGCUGACCUGUCUGCCGUGGCUGCGGAUAAGCCCUCCGUGCAGCCGGCGAGUGGCCCAGCGUCACAAGGUUUUGGAAAGAAAGUCCGGAUCGGGGUGCAGUCUUACCCCAGGAACUGCCUGGAGCCGGGGAACCCUAAGCCUUCUGUGUUCUGGACUCUCCUCGAAAGCCUUUCUUACCUAGAAAGGCUGGAGUUGAUUGGGUCCAGUUUCUCCUCAGCCAUGCCCAGGAACGAGCCGGCUAUUCGGAACUCGCUGCCCCCCUGCAGCCGGGCGCAGCACGUGGGGGACUCAGAAGUGGCUGCCAUCAGCCAGCUGACUUUUUUGCAGAGCCUCACGUUGGCUCAGCUGCCCAGCAUCCUCACAGGCUCUGGCCUCGUUAGCAUCGGGGUCCAGUGCCAGCAUCUGCGGACCCUUUCCUUGGCUAACCUGGGAAUGAUGGGUAAAGUGGCGUACAUGGCGGCCCUCAUGGACAUGUUGAAACACUGCAAAUGUCUGCGAGAUCUCAGGCUGGAGCAGCCCUACUUCAACGCCAAUGCCCAGUUCUUCCAGGCCCUGAGUCACUGUUCGUCCCUCCAGCGCCUGUGCAUCAUCUCCCGGAGGGGGACGCUGCAGCCGGACGCCGUCAUGGCCUUCAUGACUGCUUGCCUCGAGGUCGUCAUGCUGCACAUGUUUACAGGGGAAUCCCUGACACUUUGCAAGAGCCUUCAGCAAUCCUUGAUAUGGAGUUUCCAGGCUGACCGACCUGCGCUAAAUGUCGUUAUCUUCCCCCUCCUCCACGAGGACUUGACAGAGGUCAUCCGAGACGUCCCCAUGAUGCAUUUGGACGAGAUUACCCUGUUCAAAAGCCGAGUGGCCGAGGAACCGCCGAACCUGUGGUGGUGAUCGCACCGUAACAGGCACCAAGGGGGAGUCUUCGGAAUAAGCAUGUGCAAGCAGCUGCUUCUCAUUGGCUGAGAUUCCCCGUUCUUGACCCUUACGGCUGCUUUACCGGGUGCUGUGCAAUUGCGGGGCAGGCCUGCCUGGACGUAGAGUGGGACAAAACCUUGGCCUUGAAUUUCUGAUAUUUAUUUCAUUUUAAUUUCUAACCUGUCACCUGUGCAAGGCCUUGUAGCGGGUUACAUUUGGGAAACAGGGAUGUGUUCUGGGCGCUUUUCUUUGUCAUGUAAAAUCCCUGGACAGCUUUAAAUGUCACUUAACACCUUUUUCUUAAAUCGAACAAAUGCUGGCGCUCUUUCCUCCGCUACUGUUCUCAGACCUCACUGUUUUUUCUUGUUUGGCGACCGUUCUUCGCCGGAAUGUCUUAAGCAGCCGUGUGAAUGCAAACGGGUGGUCUAUCUCCACUUUAUUUAUUGUAGGGGUUUAAAUGUGCAAAUGGCACACCACCAGUUCUCUGUGCAUCCAUGUGGCUUCAGAAGGACAGUGGCUUAACAAGGGCCCACUAUAUCCUGUGCCAAGCCAGUUGUCAUAUUUUAGAGUUGUACAUCUGACCCCUGGGUGUUGGGGCACUGACACCUUGAAGAGAUCAGCCGGGAAGUUCCACUAGUUGGCCUUUAGGAGUUUUGAUUUGGUGUUAGUGCCCUUCAAUAAAAUUUGGGUGUAGAAAUGAGUUCUGGGAAAGAAGAAUGCAAAGGUGCAGAAGUGACAGGGUUUUUCUCUCCGUCAGUUAAAUCCCUUCUGUCAAGUGGCCUGCCUUUUGCUGUCAUGGGGCUCCCAUUUGGGGGGUGGGGGGUCUUACUCAGGAGAACUUCCCUGAGCACUUCAGAGUGCAUCUCCUGCACCCUUCUGAUUCUUCCGUAGCAAACAUGGCUUAGACAGCCACCCUGAAGAGGACUCCAUCUUGCUGUGGGGCUUGGAGUUAAAACCCUCUAAAACGGCUUCUGUGGAUUGUUCCUCAUUGGUUCACAGCGUAAACUGGAACCCCCCCCCCUCCAAAAGGCCUCACCCAAAGCAUGCCACACACCUGCAGAUCCGUGGGACCUUGGCUUGGCGAAAUGCACCUCCCACCUUGCAAAACGGUGGUUCUGCCCCAUGAAUGGCUCGGGGCUGAUCUUACCUUUUGUGGCUGUCCCCUUGUGCAGUCCAGCCACUGUAGCCUCUUGAAGACGUUGCUCUCCUUUCCGUGGCUGUCGGUAAAGUGGCACUUCAACAGCACUGUUGGGCGUCAGAAGCUCAAUCGCAGCAGCCCCAUCGCCGCUGGCAUUUUUUCCCCCACGGAUGCGGAUUAGAAAGUCCCACGAGGGCGUCGUUUGUAACAGAACCUCGUGGCAACAACCGGAUUUCUCCUUUCUUGCACUUUUUCUCAGUGACUUGCUUCUAUUACUCUGUGCUUGACGUCGUCAGCCAGCCUGUGUAUGUGUAAGUGGGUGUGCGGGGGUGGUGUGUGUUUUAAAUGUAUGACACCGGUAAUGGCUGUUCAUUGGAUUUAUGAUGUACUGGUCUACCCAUCCACUGACAUAUAAACAUUUCUCUACA